AUGAGUCGGAAAUUAACAUCAAAAGUUGAUUGGGGUGACAUAGUAGAAGAGGAAGAGUCUGAAGAGCAAGUUGGACCGGUGGUUGACCAGCAGCCCAGUGAUGAAAAACCUAAACAAGAGGAGCCACCCACAGAGAAUCCGGAUGUUAUACCCGAGGAGGAGGAAGCAGAUGCAGGAGCACCUGAGGUUCAAGGGGAAGGAAAACCACCCAUCUAA